AUGCCGCCCAUGCAGGCGGCCACCAUGCAACUUCCCAUCCAGAUGACGCAUCACCAGCCUCGCGUGGAGGAGAAGACAGCAAUCGAGAACUACUACAAGCCCGAGCAGCAAGCUGUCGAGGCUGGCGACUACAAGGUCCCUACCGCUAUGGGGGUUGGCACCACCAUGAGCGCUAUUCCUGGCGCGGGCAUGACUGCGGUUGGAAUGGGCAACGCCCUUCAGGGCUUGGGUGGCAUGCCCGGUCUGGCGCAGUUCGGUGUCGCAGGCAUGGGACUUGGUGUCGGCAGCGUUGACCUCAAUCAACAGAUCCUCGCGGCGCAGCAACGUCAGUACGAGAUGAGCGCGGCUAUCGUCAAGGCUCAGAUGAGCAACAAUGCCGCCGCUGCUGCAGCAGCUGCUGCCGCCGUGCGUGCUCAGCCGAAACCUGCUGCUCCUCCCAGUCGGAAAUCUGCGCCGUCUUCGUAUGAGCCGCCUGUGCAGCUUACGGCCAGCGGUCGGCCAGCUCGCGCGCGUCGUGUCAACUACGCCGAGCUCGCUGGCGCCCUUCAGGAUGACGAGGAGGAAGACGACCAGGCUAACCUGGUCCCCAACUGGGCUCGCCGCCGGCGGAAAACCAGUGACCAGGAUCGCGACUACGGCGUCGGCGUAGGAAGCGGGGCGCGCGCAUCUAACGUCCAAAUGGGCGGCGUAGGCAACAACCCAGCCAUGUAUGGCGUUGCGGGCGCGGGUGGUUUUAACACUGCGCCUCGUGCUGCCGCUCCCACAGCCGGUGUGAACCUUUACGGGCUUGGAGGCCAGGCAGCUGCCGGUCUUCGCAGUGCCGUUGGAGGUGCAACAAGCGCGGGCUUGCAGGCCAACCUUGCCGCAGCGGGCAUUGCGGGCAACGCAGCGUUGGCUGGGCAGGCUGGAUGGCAAGGCCAAGUAGUGUGGGGACAGAACCCGGCAAUGGGUGGAUACGGCGCCCUGCAGUCGUUGGCGGCCGCACAGCGCCCGCAGGUCGCGGCGCAGCAGUUCCUUUUGCCCCCCGGGGCUGCUCGCGGUGUCGCGCCUAACAUUAUGCAGGACAUGCAGUUGAUGCUUUCCCGUGGUGCAGACGGGCAGGGUGGCAUGCCGGGUGCUGGUCAGCAGCGGUAG